AUGGGUGUCCAUAACCUUGCAGAGUACGUAGCCUUCCACCAGGCCAAGCUGCGUGAACAGCGAGCUCGGGAAUCCGCUGAUGCUGCCCCUCCGGCUUCCCCUCCCGCUGUUCCUCAGCCUCAGAAGACACAUGGCGUUAACCCACUCCGCAGCAAAUCCUCCUUCAAGACCUCGGUCUACGAGGCCGGCGCCGGCCAGCUCGUCGUCGUCGACUGCUUCGCCACCUGGUGCGGCCCUUGCAAGGUCAUCGCGCCCGAGGUCGUCAAGUUCUCCGAGUCGCCCGAGUUCAAGGACAAGGUCGCCUUCUACAAGAUCGACGUCGACGAGGUCCCCGACGUCGCCCAGGAGCUCGGCGUCCGCGCCAUGCCCACCUUCAUGCUGUUCAAGAACGGCGAAAAGGUCGGCGAGGUCGUCGGUGCCAACAAGAGAGCCCUCGAGCAAGCCAUCAAGGCGAACUUGUAG